GGGGUCCUGGCGCGGUGUGAAACGCGCUAAGUUUCCCGUUCUGGGGGGGAGACAGGGAUCGGAAUGCUCUGAUACCAUCGCCAUAGCAACUAAAGAGGGGGAGUCGUGGGACAGCAUCCUCUCAGCUUCCCCCCGCCCCCGCCGGAACCUGCCAGAGCAAGAAGAUGUAGCGGGUGAGAAGCUGCGGGCGUGCCGUUCCUGGCCCGUUGAGCGAUGAGCCGGGCAGGCGCGCGUUCGUGGAACUCCUUCUUUCAGAGAAGAAGCCGAGUUCGCCCCCCACCCCCGGAUUUCUGAGGUGGCCGCUGCUAGUCCGGGCCAGCUCGUGCCUUGCUGCUGUGGAGACUCCGCUGAAUCUUUCAAGGCUGAUCACAAUCUUCCUUCAGUGUACUUGUGAGAGUGGGAAAAUGCCAGGUGUGUUACCAUGUGACAGUAAUGGACUUUCAAGAGAGACCCCAUCAAAAAAAAGCAGGCUGUCACUUAAAUUUUUUCAAAAACGGGAAACAAAAAGAGCACUGGAUUUUACAGAAUCACAAGAAAAUGAAGAUAAAUCUUCAGAAAAUGUCUGUUCUGAAAUUGAUCACGUUAUUCCUGCAACACAGUUACUUUCUACUGUCCACUGUGAGAAGAAAGUGAACAUGUUGCCUUUUGUGGGCUUGAACAAUCUGGGCAACACUUGCUAUCUCAACAGCAUUCUUCAGGUACUCUAUUUUUGCCCUGGCUUUAAAACUGGAGUCAAGCUACUAUCUAAUAUCAUUUCACAGAAAAAAGAAAACUUAAAGGAGGAAAUAGGAAAGGGUAUCAUUAAAGAAGAUUCUCUUGCAAGCUAUGAAUUAGUCUGCAGUUUACACUCCUUGAUUGUUUCAGUUGAACAGCUUCAAACCAGUUUUCUCUUAAAUCCAGACAGAUACACAGAUGAACUUGCUACUCCGCCAAGAAGACUGCUAAACACACUAAGGGAACUCAACCCUAUGUAUGAGGGGUAUCUGCAGCAUGAUGCCCAAGAAGUAUUACAGUGUAUAUUGGGGCACAUUGAUAAAACAUGUCAGCUCUUGAAAGAAGAACUGAAACCUGUGCCACCGGAAGAGUCAACAGUUCAGUUGGAGAACAGGUCUAGUAAAAACACUGACAGUCUUGUAACUCCUGAAGAAGCUGGUACUAUGAUAAAUUGGCAAGCUGUUGAUAAUUGUGAAGAUAAAAAUAAAGGCAGUGGGAAAAGAAAAAAUGACAUGGAGGGUGGCAAUGAAAAGAAAAAGUCCAAAGUAUCCAAAGAGAAAAAUGAAGUAGAAAACAGAAGAGAGACCCGAUCUAAGAGAUUUUCUAAGAGAAAAGCAUUGGAAGAAAAACCUGAAAAUCAAGCAGAAGCUACCAUUAAAUAUCCUAAGGAAAAUGAAAGUACCAAGCCUACUCCUAAAAAAUCCCGACUUAAACUUAACUGGUUAAAAUCUUCAAGCAACCAACCUAGUAUUCUGUCGAAAUUCUGUCGUUUGGGGAAACUAUCUACAAAUCUGGGUUUCAGAGAUCAGAUUAAAGAAAUUGAAACUUGUGAAGUUAAAGAGGUCUCUCUCAAGAAUGAAAAUGGUAACCAAACAGAGGAAAAAUAUUGUGAUUCGUGGUCUCCUGUGGAAAGUACUAGUGAAAAGGAAACAGCAAAGCCACACAAGACAGACACAGAAAUGGCAAUCUUUAAUUUAGUGGAGAAGCUCUUCCAAGGUCAGUUGGUAUUGCGAACAAGGUGCUUAGAGUGUGAAUGCUUUACCGAGAGGAGGGAAGACUUCCAAGAUAUCAGUGUGCCUGUGCAAAAAGAUGAAGUCUCAAAAGUUGAAGAGAAUUUUGAAAUUUCUCCAGAGCCUAAAACAGAAGUGAAGACUCUGAAAUGGGCAAUUUCACAGUUUGCUUCAGUGGAGAGAAUUGUGGGAGAAGAUAAAUAUUUCUGUGAAAACUGUCGUCAUUACACGGAAGCUGAACGCAGCCUUUUAUUUGAUAAAAUGCCUGAAGUUAUAACAAUUCAUUUAAAAUGUUUUGCUGCUACUGGCUUAGAGUUUGAUUGUUACGGUGGACUUUCCAAGAUAAAUACUCCUUUACUGACACCCCUCGAGCUGUCCUUGGAUGACUGGAGCAUAAAGCCAGCCAAUGAAAUUUAUGGACUAUUUGCUGUUGUGAUGCAUAGUGGCAUUACAAUCAGCAGUGGGCACUAUACAGCCUCUGUCAAAAUUACAAAUCUCAGCAGUUUAGAAUUGGACAAGGAGAAUUUCAUCACUGAUCCACAAUGUGAAAUGACUCACUCAGAGCCACUGAAAGAGCAGGAAGCAAGAACAGUAACCGAGGAUUACGAUGAUGGUGAGGUCUCCUUUAAAGUCAGUGGUAAUACACAGCCCAAUAAAGGAUUAAACAAAAAGAAUAUAGAAGCUGUGGGACUUCUUGGAGGACAAAAAAGUAAGCCCGCUUGUGACUUGCUCAGCAGCAAAGCAACCCAUUCUGGUAUGAUAGUCACUGAAACUAGGAAUGCUGAAUGGAAUCAUGCUACUGGAAUUGUGGAGGUUGAACACCAUGAUCAACCUGGCAUGGCUUCUAAUGGACCAGAAAGCAAAUCAGCACAUAUAAUGCAAAGUUUGAAAGAAUAUGAGGGGAAGUGGCUACUCUUUGAUGAUUCUGAAGUGAAGGUUACUGAGGAAAAGGACUUUUUAAACUCAUUAUCUCCUGUUUCGUCAUCUACAUCCACACCUUAUCUGCUCUUUUAUAAGAAAAUGGUAGAGUGAGGAUAUAUUUUUGACUGUAAAUACUAGUUUUGUAUUAGAUGUAUGCAGAAGAAUCCUUAGUAGGAUAAGCUUCAGGUAUAAAUGAAUCUGUGUCUUUGAUUUUGUACUUUGCAUUAUUUUAAAAUGUGGGUAAUUCACUUUAGUUUCUAUAUACAAGAUUAUUCUUUAGCAAUACAAUCCUUUAUAAAGGUUACUGAAGAAAAAGCAAAAUUAAAUUCGAUUCUAAUUGCAUCAUGCUACUUGUAUAUUAGCUUUUU